CGACUCGGUGAUCGGGGAACUCCACAAGGCUACUUCACUGACUCACUAUAUGUCAUAGGCUGUUUAUAUAUAAGAUCCGACCCCCGUGGAUCGCACACUUGACCAGUUGCGCUACGCAAGAGUCCGAUGGUUCAUCUGAAUUCAGCGGUCCUGUCUGGGUAGAUGUGGUACAGUAAGGUAGUUGUAGUGGAAGGUCUGUGCGUGUGUGAGUGUGUGUGUGAGGGUGUGUGUGUGUGUUUGUGUGAAUGUGCACUCCUAGAAUAGAAAGCUAAAGGAAGAAGAAGAAGGAGAAGAGAGAGGCGGGAUCGUUUUAUGGCUUGUUCAAAUCCUGGGUGAAGCAAAUAGAUCAUCUGUAUCAGAUCGAUAAGCAGUUCGCGCUCCCUUUGUGGAUUUGAUGGAUGUUUGAUCAGUGGAUGUGAUGCCCAUAUAUAUCAUCGACCGAAAAUUUCCUGACACAUCUGGUGAGUUGAUACAGCUGGCAGCUGAAGGAAGAGACCUGAGAAUGACAGAGACCAACCCCCCCAAGUCGGCUAAAAAGCCCCGCUGGACAUCCCUGGAGAUCGGCCUGAUUACUAUCGUCUCCCUGCUCUUCAUCGUCAUUGUCGCCCUCAUCAUCCUCUUUGCCACACAGAAGACUGAUGAAAUCUGCACCACUGCUGACUGCACGCAAUCAGCAUCUCGUCUCAUUGAGAACAUGGAUGGUACCGUGGACCCGUGUGACAACUUCUACCAGUACGCCUGUGGAGGCUGGUUAAAAAAGAACAUCAUCCCAGAGACCAGCUCCAGAUACAGCACUUUUGACAUCUUACGAGAUGAACUGGAGGUCAUCCUCAAAGGUGUCCUUGAGAAAACAGUUGAGGGGGAAGCUGCUGCGCUCACAAAGGCCAAGACCCUCUACAAGUCCUGCACCAAUGAGAGUCUAAUUGAGCUCCGAGGAGGGGCUCCGUUGCUGGAAAUGUUGCCUGAUGUGUUUGAGUGGCCGAUAGCUUUUGACAACUGGGACACCAAAUAUGGUGCCACUUGGAAGCUGGAAGAUGUUGUUGCCAAACUGAAUGAGAAAUAUGGAACUCAACUUCUAGUUAACUUUUUUGUGGGCACCGAUGACAGGGACUCCAAUGCACACAUCAUUCAUUUUGACCAGCAGACAAGCCUCGGCCUCUUGUCCAGAGAUUACUACGCCUGCAAUGGUCCUUAUGCAGAGGCAUGUCGGGCUUAUGAGCAGUUCAUGAUUGACCUGGCGAAGCUGAUUCGCACUGACCGGGGACUGGUCGUAAAUGAGACCCGUAUUAGAGAAGAGGUCACACGGGUUAUGGACUUGGAACGGGACAUCGCCAACGCUACAGAUACUCCAGAGGACCGUAACAACCCCGUGUUACUUUAUAACAAGAUGGAACUGGGUGAUCUGAAUGCCAACUUUACCCUCGAGGUCGAAUCACAGAUAUUUGACUGGAGUUACUUCACAGCAAAGAUAAUGGAUACAGUCAACAUUAGUGUUCCCGACACAGAGAAGGUCAUAAACUACUCCCCAAACUAUUACAGAAGACUCAACCUCAUCUUGAACAGAUACACAAAAAGGGAUCUGCAGAACUACAUGGUGUGGCGUUUUGCUAUGAACAUGGUUGUUGGCCUGAGCAGAGCGUACAGGGAUACCAGGAAAGCUUUUCGCAAGGCUCUGUCUGGUACAACGUCAGAGGCAGCAGUGUGGCGACAGUGUGCUCUGUAUGUCAACAACAACAUGGACAAUGCCGUUGGGCGCCUGUAUGUGCAGGAGGCCUUUUCUGAAAAGAGCAAAGAGCUGAUGGAGGAGAUGAUUAAGGACAUACGAGAAGUGUUCAUAAGUAACCUCGAUGACCUGGCCUGGAUGGAUGCAGAAACCAAGAAGGCAGCAGAGGAGAAGGCCCGAGCUAUUCGGGAGCGGAUCGGCUAUUCUGACAACAUCAUGGAUGAUGAAUACCUGAACAAUGAGUACAAAGAUCUGAGCUACAGUGCAGAGGAGUACUUUGAAAACAUCCUACAGAACCUGGAGUAUGUGCAGAAGAAACGCCUGCGGAAACUCAGAGUCAAAGUCAACAAAGAGGAGUGGGUAACCGGAGCUGCAGUUGUCAAUGCUUUCUAUUCCUCCAGCAAAAACCAGAUAGUGUUUCCUGCAGGUAUCCUCCAGCCUCCUUUCUUCAGUAAAGGCCAGGCUAAGUCUCUGAACUAUGGCGGCAUCGGCAUGGUAAUCGGUCACGAGAUCACACAUGGCUUUGAUGACAAUGGUCGUAACUAUGAUAAAGACGGUGACCUGAAGGACUGGUGGACACCAGACUCCACUCAGAGGUUUCUGGAACUAUCAAAAUGCAUCGUGGAUCAGUAUGGCAACUUUUCCUGGGACUUGGCCAAUGGGCUUCAUUUAAAUGGUAACAACACCCUCGGGGAGAACAUUGCUGACAAUGGAGGGAUACGGCAGGCAUAUCAGGCUUACAAAAACUAUGUGAGGGAGCAUGGAGAAGAGCCACCACUACCUGGAAUUGACCUUUCCCACGACCAACUAUUUUUCCUAAACUUUGCACAGGUUUGGUGUGGAACACACAGACCGGAGCAAGCCGUUAAUUCCAUCAAAGUAGAUGUUCACAGUCCAGGAAAAUUCAGGGUACUCGGAUCCCUUCAGAACUUCCCAGAAUUUGCCAAAGCUUUUAACUGCAACAAGAGCAGCUACAUGGUCCCAGACAACAUCUGCCGUGUAUGGUAAUUCCCAGGGAUGUGUUGACGUGGGUUGCCUCUGUCCCCUACUGUACUGUCUCCCCUCUGAUUGGUGGAGCACUGGUGGGGAGGCUACAGGGAAGUGGACGCUCCCCUCAGCUCUUUUACUAGAUGGACCAGGGCUGGUGGACUGACACUGCAGUAUGCACUUCCUCUGAGGACAGCAGCGGACUGUACCCUCCCAAACAGGUGGAGCACUGUCUCUCCAACUCUGAUACUGUAGUUCAUUCAAUCAGCCUUAUUAUUUUACUUUUCACUGGAAACAAUCAUUCAUUCAUUCAUUUUUUCCUCUCCUGUUAUUUUUUUUAAUCUUGUUUUACUCAUCACCUGUGAGAUUGUAAUUGUCAUGUAUGUAUGUAUGUGUGUGUGUAGGUGUGUGCGUGCGUAUGUGUGUGUGUUUGUGCGUUAUAGUCAAAAUAAAAAGUCAUUAGCAACAGAAGGGCAGACAGACAACUGUGCUCAAAACCCACUGGUGUUGGAAUAAAGCACACGCCCACUCACACUCAUACACUACGGUGGUUCGGGCCUGUACAUGUGUAUGAGUGUGAGUGGGUGUGUGCUUUAUUCUAACACCCACUGGUAAUAAAGCACACACCCACUCACACUCAUACACAUGUAACCAGGCUGAACCGCUGUACUGUAUGUGGGUUUGGGUUGUGUGCCUCUCAGCUGGUUUUAACCUUCAUUUACAUCCUGAUAAAUUCUAGCUACAUUCUACUUCUUAUGUAUUUUGUUGAAUAGACCAGUAAAUAUUUAACUGUAAUCAUGUAUCACUACUGUUAUAUUUAAUGUUACCAGCUGAAUGGCAGAUGGCAGGCAGCUGCUGGUCAUCAGCAGUUUGUCAAAUAAACCAAAAUUAAGUUUUGCCUUUAAAACGACAGAUGGUCACAAAUCACUGAGCUGACAAUCUAUAGACACCAGACCCUUUUUAUACAUUUACUUUAACCUCCUGUGUGUUUCUGUUCGGAUGCACAUACACCUCUACGUAUAUUCCACUUUCAGCUAGUCUAUAUGAUCGCUACCUACUGUUUGUAAAGUUGGUAUGCCUUACAUUAUAUUUUGUGCAACUUUGUGUGAGUGGGUGUAUGUGUUUGCAUGAGUGCACAAAUGAUAAGAAAAAAAACCUAAUUAAAGAAAAAGUUUAAUCAUAUUUUCAAAAAAAUAAAUAAAUAAAUAAAAUAAAAAAUACACUAUUCAUUUUCUUGCAGAGCUAGAUGAGAAUAUCUAAGCAGCUAAAUAUAGAGCUGGAGCCAGCAGUGGGUUAAAGUAGUGUAAUAACAUCAGAAAUGGAAAAAUAGCUGACUAGCCUGACUCUUCUUGGACAGAUUCAGGAUAAUAAAUGCCAAGCUGCGAUAACCAUCGUCUUCCUGUCGGUUUAUCUGUGGUACAUGGAAAUCAAAUUUAUCACAAAUAAUAACCCUGUUUCCCCAGCUUUUAUCUUCACAAAUUGCUUCUCAGUUUGAUGUCUAUUUAAUCAAAUGAGGCAUUUUAAAUUUUACCUUUGUGCAAAACAGCAAGACUCAAUUAAAACAUUAGAGCAUUAAAUUUAAUUUAGUCAUGAUUUGUUCACUAUGUUAAAGGUGGAGUAAGUAAUUCUAAUGCAACAUCUUUUCUCAUAUUUAGUAAAUACCUCUUCACUGCCCACUUGCUAUCUGUUCUGUGUCCCUUCUGGCUCUAUUCAAAAUAAGCUUAUUUAGCUGAUCCAAUAUAUGGCCAUGAAUUUAAGUGACAAUGACAGUCUUUCUCAGGAUUAGUUUACUCCACCUUUAAUCACAGGCUGGGUCUGGGUCUUUCAACAAACAAACUUUUCAAGGUGAGUGCAUUUUUCCAAAAUUCACUUCCCAGUGUAGUUUUUUUUUUCUUUGUAUAUGAUUUCUUUGUAUGUUAAAAAGUAACUGAGGUUAUGAUACAGAGUCAUUAAUUGUCAAAUAGGCUUUUUUGCCUUUGCUUUUUAUAUUAGAAAUUAGUGCAAUGAAUGCUGCAUCAUGAUCAUGUAGAAAAAACAUCUUCAGAUUGUACUUUUACAUGUCCAUGUUCUGGUCUUAUUGUCUGUGCAAACCCUCUGUUUCUCUCUCACUGCUGCUGUCUCCCUCGGGCUUUUCUUUCUUUCUUUCUUUCUUUCUUUCUUACUUUCUUUCUUUCUCACACUCCACCUGUAGAAAGACAGAUAUACCUCAGUUGCCUGUAUUUAGAUACUUUAUAAUAAUGACUGAUAAUCAUCUUGAGGAACAUUUUUUUUCUUUCAAAAUAAAUCUUUAAAUAACAGACUGUCUGCAGGCAA